AUGGCACCCGCUCUGCCGAUCGGGGACUACCCCGACAUUCCAGCGCUGUCCGUCGCCGUCAAGGCUCGCGAUACACCCGAAGACGCCUCUCUUGAUCCGACAUCCUCCCUCAACUUCAAUACCAUCGUUGCACGAUCCGACUCUUCCAACACGGCCACUCACACCAAACCCGCUUAUGGCCAAGGCACGGUCAGUCCGUCGAGCAUCAAGAUGCAGGGCCUUAUGGCCCUGUUUGCCCUUAUUGGCGCCGCAUUCGUCAUCGCCGGCAUUUGGUUCUUCUUCUGGGCCAGAAAUGGCGGAUUUGUCUGGCGCAAGGGUGAUUGGGACGACUACAAAUCGACGGUUCUGCGACGAAAGGGUCCUGACGGCAAAACCCUCAGUAAUGCGACCAAGAGUACGAAGCUGGGAGGUGGCAGUGUCGUCGGCAAAGGCUAUAGUGACGAUGGAUAUACAUACACCGACUAUGAUAACGAUACCUAUACUGAAACAGCGACCACAAUGACCCAAGAGAAGCCGAAGAAGAAGCGCCGCAAUCUGAAGGAGAAGUUCCUUCGCCGCCACAAGGACGAGCGCUGGGAAGGCGAAGCCGAUGACGAUGUUCGCGCCUAUCGUGAGGAAAAGCCCGCACGUAUUGGUGGUAUGAACCGUGAAGCGGACGGUACCUACCAUGGAAGUGACUAUGAUUCCUCCGCUGUGCCAACCAACUACCAACAGAGCGAGAUGAGCGAGGUGCGAGACUACGCCUAUGAGCGUUCUCGCAAGAACCAUCGCAGCACCCGCGAUUUCUCCUUCACUGCUGGCAGCGAAGAUGUCCUUAGCCAAGCCACCGAAGAGUCUCAGCUUCGCGACCCCUCCCAGCGCCGUCAGAACCGCCGCCGUAACCGUGAGCACCGUCGCAGCGCGGCUCAUCCUUCCGCACCUUCGUCACGGACCAGCAGCCCCCGCAAGAAGGAUCGUCGCUCUAUGCCGGGCCACUUCACUGAACCACUGGACUUCUCCUCCGCCGGCUCCCGUUCGGAAUACCAGUAUUCUAACGUGGACAGUGAGGAGUCGUCAGGCACGAAAAGCUAUCACCACCCCAUCCCCGGCCUGACCAAGGGUUACCGCCGUGAUGGUCGUGAUGAGCGAAGCCAUCGUCGCCGUCGUGACAGUCUGGAAGACAGCGACUAG